AUGUGCCGGGAGGUACGAGGCGCAGCAGGUCUGGAUGUCGAUAUGGAGGAUGCGAACAAGGUGGUAUCUGCACUCGCCGACAAAUCCCUUGAUGAGGUGAGGUCCAGUAGCACUACGAAUUAA